AAAAAAAAUAGCUCGGUUAGCAUGUUAGCAUGACCUAGCGUCAUGUAGGAGCAAAUUCAGUCAGAGUCGACUUUUCUUUAUCUAAGUUAACUUGUGGAUGUGAGUGUAAAAUGUCCGGGAUUCUGGAUUUUUCAGUGGUUCCCAUUGAUGUCCAGAAGCUGUCAGUGAGCAAAGAAGAGCCUCCUGAAGAGCAGGAUUGGAGCCCCAGUCAGGACCAGGAGGAAAGUGAACAUCCUCCAUUUAAAGAGGAGCAAGAGGAACUGUGGAUCAGUCAGGACGGUGAGCAGCUUGAAGGACAUGAGGAGGAGGAUGUUAAGUUCCCAUGCAGUCCUGUUGUUGUGAAGACUGAAGGUGAUGAAGAGAAACCAGAGUCCUUUCAACUUCAUGAAAUAAAAACUGAAGAGAUGGAAACAGGAGAUGAUGGAGAAGACUGUGAAGGAUCAGAAGAAGCAAGGAGCUCAGAUGCUGAGAGAUAUUUACAUCCAGAGAUUGAGGUCAAGAUUGAAGAGUCUUCUGAGUCUGAGACUGAAGACUGUAAUGAUGUGAUGUGCAGUGCAAUGCAUCAGUCAGAUUUAAAAUCAGUAGAAAGAGAGGAAGAUAAAGGAAGUCCUCAAGCACAUCUGGAACAACAUACAUUAAUUCACAUUGUGGAGAAACCUUUAAGCUGCCCUGAAUGUGGCAAAGGAUUUAGUCAUAAAGGUAAUCUGACGGAUCACUUGAGAACUCACACAGGAGAGAAACCCUAUAGUUGCUCUGAGUGUGGCAAGAGAUAUAGGCAUAUAAAUCAUCUGAAAGAUCAUUUGAAAACUCACACAGGAGAGAAACCCUUCAGCUGCCCCGAUUGUGACAAAAGUUUCAAACGUAAACGGCAUCUGCGAGAUCAUUUAAGAACUCACUCUGGAGAGAAACCCUUCAGUUGCUCUGAGUGUGGCAAAAGAUUUAACCGCAAGGCAUAUCUGACUAUACAUAUGAUAGUUCACACAAAAGAGAAGCCCCUUAGUUGCUCUGAGUGUGACAAAAGGUUUGCCUAUAAAGGAUCUCUGAGAAAACACAUGAUGGUUCACACAGGGGAGAGGCCUUUCAGUUGCUCAGAGUGCACUAAAACUUUUAAGGUUAAAGAAAAUUUUAAUAACCACAUGUUAAAAAGACACAAGUGUGUUGGUAGUGAUUAUGCUUCAAUGCAAUUAAAGAAACAAACAAAGAUAAAAAGAAAGACAGAAACAGGAGCUGAUGUAGAGGAUUGUGGAGGAUCAGAAGGAGCUAGGAAUUCGGAUCCAGGGGGACAUUUACAACCAGAGAUUGAGGUUAUCAUUGAGGACUUUUCUGAACAUGAAACUGAAGACUUUCAUGAAGAUUCCUAGAAAGCCACAGAACUUUUGUCAGUUUUAAGUUAAUAAACUGAGUCAGUGUCAGGAAAUGGAAUACUGGUUACAAACCAGUAAAACUCAGCUUUUUUGGAUAGUUAAACAGUUUCAGCAGACGUUAACUUCUGUAGAGUCACAAUGGACAGAAACAGUGAUCUUUCUAUUUUUGAAAUGAGGCAUGUAGACAAGAGUGGGUGUUAGUGACAAACCAUUAAUUCAAUGUGAUCAUAAAGCAUCAAUGUUAAAAUACUUUUACCAAAUAACUUUGUAAAAAAAAAAAAAAAAAAACAGAAAAACAAAAACAUCAUUACGUUUCCCAGAGUCUUCAGUUGUAAAUAUUUAAACAGCCAGUUUGAUUAAUCAGAUGAAAUCUCUUUUUCACUGAUUUAUUUAACAGUUAAUUAUUGAUCUUUAUUUUUUAUGAUUUAUUAAUUUAUACUUGGAGCCUUAAAUUAAAUGUGUUGCACUCAUUCUUUAUGAACAUUUUUUAUCACUUAAGUUCUUGUGCUGUUACAGAUGGAGAGGCUACGGGACAGUAAACUGUAUAGUGUAAAUGUUUUUGAUGCAUGUGUUCUCAGUGAGGUGUGUCAGAAAGAAACUAUGACUGGUCCUACAUGAGAUGGUGCUCCCAGAGCAGAGCUCACUGUCACUGUGACCUGUCCUCUGGACUCUGAGGAUACAGAGAUGAAAAGAAAUGCAGCAACGUGGUGUUGUAGGCUUCAUUUCAGAGGAGUGGAUGUUAUUCCCUUUUUAAGGUGAUGAAGUAGCCCUUAAUAUCAUGUAAACU